CAUGAUCAGUGUACAUUUACAAUCUGAACUGGUCUUUUCCGCUUGAUUGAAGCAUGAUUCUGUCACAAAUAUCAUUGAUAGACUGUGUUGUCUUUUUGAUCUUCCUCGCUCCUCAAUUGCUGAUUCAGGUUGGAAUAUGGCGAACCGCAAGAUGGCUCAUUGGCGCUCUGCCGUCACUAACAUAUCAAGUUCUGGUCAUUCCUUAUCAAUUCUUUCGCGAACGUUACCUUACACCUUAUGAAUAUCGAAGUCCAUUUGUUCAGCGAGCGACCGUUUUCCAGGAUAUUGUCAUUCGCUGCGUUCGAUUUGCGUUUGCAUGUAUGCCGGCAUGGCUUGGGCGAGUAUUCUUCUCCAAGGGUGUCUCAUUACCCUUCUUACGCUUCCGAAUGUUACGACAUGGCAUAUUGACUGCCCCUUUAAGAUGGACUGAAAUCAAGAGGCCUGGCCUUCGUGGCAUUUGGAUUACGCAUAACCAAUUAGAACAACCCGACAUUAUUGUCUAUUACUGUCACGGAGGUGGAUUCUCCAUGGGAUCCAGUUUCUUCUAUAUGGAGUUUCUACUCGCUUGGGUCAGCUUGCUCAAAGAUGCAGGCUACCGAAAUCCUGCACUAUUCGCCCUGGAGUACACACUGGUGCCCGACGCCGUAUAUCCAACUCAGCUCCAGGAGACUCUAGCAGGCUACGAGUACGUUCUAUCUAUCGCGCGUGAUUCGUCAAGAAUCUGCGUGAGCGGAGAUUCUGCUGGUGCUACUCUAAUCCUCAGCUUCUUGCUGUACAUGACCGAUCAUCACGAACUGCGACACCAAAAACCUGGACUGGCAGUCAUGAUAUCUCCCUGGGUCACAAUCGUUUCCAAGAACAAUCGAAACACGCCCAGUGAUUACCUCAACUCCAGCAGUCUAGAGCUCUACGGACGCCAGUACGUUGGACCCAAGGUGCCCGUGGACGACCCAUUAGUAUCACCCGGACACUGCAAAGACAUAAGGAAGUGGAGAGAAGCGAGUCCUGAGAAGGGUUGGUUCUUCCUCUAUGGAUCAGAGGAGGUAUUGGGACCAGAGACACGAGGCUUAAUAUCAUUACUUCGAGGGACGGGUGUCACCGUGGACUAUGAAGAAGAGAAAAGUGGUAUUCAUGCUUGGCCAGUAGCUUCGUUGUACCUAGGCGCAACAAAGGAUGAGCGUUUGCAUGGUCUCCGUAGUAUUACAAUAGCUACAAGAGACCGGAUAUCAUAAUUAAUAGAGAGGUAAUUCAAAAGCCAAAGAUGAAAAGUCGCUGCGCCGAGCGGAAAACCAUAGCAAU